CUCGAAGGAUUUGGGUUAUCAUCUAGGCUUGUUUAGCAUAUUUUCACAGAAUGUACAAUUAUUUUAUCACACAGAAAAUCAAAAUUAGCUUCCUGCAUUUUCAUUCUUAGAUAUUUACGAUAUGGGUUGGAGCGUACUUCUUUACGUUCUUUGUCAGAGCAACUAUUGUGAUUGGAUUAAAUCAGAUAAUCCCUAGUGUCAAAAAUUCAAGCAAUCUGGCAGUUCAAGUGAAAAACAACUGGAAAUACGCAAUUAUUAAAUUGUGGACGUAUUUAGAUUUAUGAAAAUUAAAAUAGUUCGUAUAAAAUAAAGUGAAAAUGGCAUGAAAGUAAAGUUUGCAAAAGAAGUUCUGUGAGAAAGUGUGUUAAAAAUUAAAAAUGGUUAUUGUUUAAGCACAUUAAAGGGAUUGGUUUGUUGGAAAUUCCUACGUUCAUAUAUGUAAACUGGGAUCAAAUAAGUUCUAAAUAGAUACGCGAAGCAUUACUUUUGCACAAAUAUUUCACGGAUGCUCUCAAUAAGGAAAUUUAUUGAGAUAAUAAAACUCGAGACACUAAGUUGCCAUAUUAUAUAGUAAUUAAAUUGUAUUAGGACGAAUGUAUGUAAUUUGAUGACGAACAAUUUAAGAAAAAAAUUCGUGGUGAAAUAACCUUUCCGAAAAUAAAAAGUUUCAUGCUUUAGUAACAAAAAAUAAUAUCUAUUUAAAUUAAAAUGGACACAUCCCUGCGUCAACAGCGAAAUUCUUUGAAAUCAGCAUCGACCACUACAACAUCUUCAGGAGUCAAUAGCACGCCACUAAGUAGCACCAACAGCGAUGGUAACGUAAUUUUGACAAACCAUACUAGCAAUAUUAACAAAUCUGUUGGGAUUGUAAGCCCAAAUAAAGGUAACGGAAAUAUUGUUACGCCCAUAAUGACAGGUGCCGGGGCUGUUAUACCCAUAAACCCACUGACACAGUUAUCGCAAUCACCACCAUUGGAUCGUGUGUCCACUACAUCAUCAUUAGCGAAUCUCUUAGAUGGCUUUACAUCGCGUGUAUCUGGUGAUCGAACACAAAGCGCUGUCAGUACCCCGAGCAGUAUUAGCUCGACCGCAAAUGCCUUCUACUCCUCUAUAGGAAUGGCUUUCAAUUCUUUACCAUCUCCUAUAUCCACGGUUGCUGCCGCUGCACAAGCGGCUACUGCAGAAGCCGCUGCCAAAGUCGUGGCUGCUGCUUCGGCUCUCUCAAAUCAUCUAAGCUCCCCAACAAGUGGUACACCACCUAAUAUGGAUGAAUUAGAUGAUGACGAUGACUGUGAGGAUGAUGAUGAAGACGAUGACCGUAAUGUACCGGCACCUACGCCAAAAAAGACGUGGUCGGAGAUUAAAGCAAUUGUCAAUGACAUGCGCAAACGGUUAAUAAAUUUAUCUAGCAUGUCCCCAUCAAAUAUACAGUUCCGUACUUUAUCUGAUGGCCGAGUGCGUUGUUAUUUUCUCAGUACACCCCCAAAUGCCUGGGAGCCAACAUUACUUUAUGCAGAUAUAAAUAUGAACGCUACAGAAGAAACAACGGUGCAAAGCGAUUCACUCAAUACAGAGAUUAAUGGUAGAACUGAAAGCAUAAUAUUAGGUAACACUAUUGGCAUAUCUACUGGCGAUGGAUCAACGCAUGUAAAAGAUAAAGAUGCCACUGGGAACACAGGCAGCCGUUUGCCAUCUCCAUCGUCUUCUCAAGCAUCAUCUCCGAUAUUGCCCUCAUCUUUUCUAACAAAUAAUGAAAACAAGAGACUUCAAUGGAAAAUAGUAUUACAACAACCAAUGUCAAGUGUUGCGUGUGCCAGCGGAGGUGUUAAUCCAUGGUCAAGAGAAUUUCAGUUACUCCAGGAGAGGAAACGUCUGUCAACAUGGGGUAUAACAUCCUUUGAAUUACACAAGCCAAGUGGGAAAAUCGUCUUCCCCUGCUUCAGUGAUUUGUAUCAAUGCUUUGAUACAGGGUACAAUACCAGCCCGUUAUUCCCCAGACAAUUGCGCACAUGUCCCCAAUGGGCGGCUUUAGAUCCGCAAAUAUGCCCACAAAACUCGGAUUUAAUUGCCUACAUAAGUGGUAGUGAUAUAUGGGUAACACAUACUGUAAGCGGUCAUGAGGAGCGUUUGACCUUCGCACAUGAUGGCCGCCGUUCCAUAGCGGACGAUCCACUCAGCGCGGGAGUGCCAUCUUACAUAAUGCUUGAGGAGUUUAGUCGCUUUCAGGGUUAUUGGUGGCAGCCGCAGUCCGAUGAUGGUGUAUAUCGCAUCGUGUACGAGGAGGUGGAUGAAUCCGAUGUUUGCCUAUACACAUUCCCAUCGUCACAAGGAAUGCCUGGCGAAAUGGAAGAAUAUCGUUUUCCCCGCGCUGGUACACCUAACGCAAAGUCCAAAUUAAAAUUAGUACAAUUCGUUCUAAAUGAGUCAUUGCAAAUUAGCGAGGUAUGCAUCAAGGAUUUACCAUAUUCGCUUUCGGUAGUAUUUCCAUGGUUGGAGUAUAUAGUGCGAGUAGGAUGGACGCCUGAUUCUAAUUAUGUUUGGAUGCAGGGUAUGAAUCGUAAACAGCAAAGGUUGGAUUUGGUGCUUAUUCCAUUGGAUAAUUUUUGCGAAACAUACACCAGUUCGGCAUCAUCACCAUCGGGCUCAGCUGACCAUAGCUGGAAAAGUCCAUAUUGUCGAGCAGUUUCAUCGCUACAGGUCAUUUACUCACAGACCUCGGAUACUUGGGUCAAUGUGCAUGAUUUGCUUUAUUUUCUUGAAAUCACUGAUACAACUGUAACGUUUUUGUGGGCUUCUGAAGAGACUGGCUUCAGGCAUUUGUAUCUUGUCACAUCCAGCUUGAGUACAGGGCCGCUAAAUGGUUAUAAAGACUCGCAUGGCGCUAGUAAUAAUUUUGAAAUGAAUAGUCGAACAAAUUCAACAUCUUCUGCCACGGAUAUGCAUACGGAUUUUAUUGAAUGCGUGACGUUGCAUCCAAGAAUUAUUAACAAAGUUGCACUUACCUCUGGCGAAUGGGAGGUAUUACAUCGCAACAUUUGGGUGGAUAAAGCGCAGCAGUUAGUGUACUUUAUUGGUCUGCGCGAUACGCCAUUGGAAAAACACUUAUACGUUGUUAGUUUGCAGCGUCCAGAACACAUACGAUUGCUCACGGAACCCGGCUAUUCAUAUCAAGUGGAAUUUAAUGAGACAUGUCAAUUGAUGUUGCAAGUCUAUUGUAACAUACAACGAUUGCCGUCGAGCAAAGUGAUGCGUGUCGCACAGACAUGCCAGAAUGGUGGUGUCAAUGGUAUACAAUUGUCUUUGAUGGGCUACAUACACGAGGGCGGUAAACCGGAACCGCAAUAUUGUCCACAAGUCUAUCGACCACAAUUGCCAUCGGGCGAAAUCGUAUAUGCCAUGGUGUUCAAGCCACAUAAUUUCCAUGUUGGCAUCAAAUACCCAACAGUGCUGAAUGUAUAUGGUGGUCCUGAAGUGCAAACUGUCAAUAAUACAUUUAAAGGUAAACAUCAGUUGCGCAUGCAUAUGUUGGCGGCACAAGGCUAUUGUGUUAUAUGCAUAGAUUCUCGCGGCUCACGGCAUCGCGGACUGAAGUUUGAAACUCACAUACGCUGCCGUAUGGGUCAAGUGGAGCUGAACGAUCAAGUGGAUGCAUUACGCAUAUUAGCAGACCGCUUAGGUUACAUUGAUAUGAAUCGCGUAGCUAUACAUGGCUGGUCAUAUGGCGGCUACCUUAGCCUAAUGGGUCUUGUGCAGUAUCCAGAUGUCUUCAAGGUUGCUAUUGCUGGAGCGCCGGUCACAAAUUGGGAAUAUUACGACACGGGGUAUACGGAACGAUAUAUGGAUUUGCCGUUGAACAAUAAACGUGGUUAUACGGCAGGUUCCGUGCUGAACUAUGUACACGCUUUUCCCGAAGAAGAAAAUCGACUUUUGCUCAUACACGGUCUCAUCGAUGAAAAUGUACACUUUUAUCACACCUCUCAGCUGGUAUCGGCCUUGAACCGUGCUAACAAACCGUAUGAUCUGCAUGUAUUCCCCGAGGAGAGACAUUCACUGCGCAACUUGGAAUCCAACAAAAAUUAUGAGACUAAACUAUUAGCUUUCCUGCAAAACUUAUGAAAUUCGCAAACAGUAUGGUGCAUGGCAAGCAUUAACGCACAUGGAAAGCUCAAUAAUAACAACAACAAUCCUGACGAAAGCAAUAUUGCGUAUGAUAGUGUGUUGCAAACUGUGCUGAACUGCACGCUUGUAACAAGAAUUUACUAACAAAAAUAUACAAAUAUUAUUGCGCGAGUAAAGUGUCAGUAGGUGAUAUUUUGCGGGUUGAUAGCUGAAAGCCAUAUUUUUUACACAUUGACGUGACGUCGCACGGUUAGAAGACAAAAUAUUAUACAAUAAAUUUACGGCAACACUGUCUGUGCUAGCCUAAGUACCGCAAAUGUUUUCAGUGUGAUCAGAAUAUUUUAUUUUUUUUCUAUUUAAGUCAGCGGCUAGUAAACUAUUUAGUUUUAAAUUAUAAUUUUGUGUUUACCUAAUUUAACUAUUUUUUUUUUUUACUUGAUUUGAACAAACAGAAAUUCACAGUUGACAAUUGAAGAUUAAAACCACUAAACUACUAAGAGCGAGCAAAAUGGUACUCAAAAAAUGUAUAUUCUGGUUUGGUGUUACUCUUUUCUUUUUUGAGAAACGUGAAAAGUGGAAAUCAAAUGUAAAAGAAAAUAAAACUAUUACUUAAAAAACAACUAAAGAACAACAUUUAUAUAUAUACAUAAAUGUAAGGUUACUUAUAAAAAAUACAAUAGAGCAAAUGUAAGCGAUUACUUAAAACUGUUAUAAUUUUCGUAGGCCUUAAAAAGUGAAAAGCUUAACUAAAAAAAAAAAA